UUGGAAGGGAUUGACUCACACAAGCUGGUUUGGUUUUUUUGGUUCAGAGUUCUGCGCGAGCCAUUCGGACGAGUGUACUUUGCUGGCACUGAGACAGCCACCAAGUGGAGCGGUUACAUGGAUGGAGCAGUACAGGCUGGGGAACGUGCUGCCAGAGAGGUGAUGUGUACCAUAGGAAUUAUUCCAGAGACAGCAAUCUGGACCCAUGAACCUGAAGUUCAGGAGGUUCCAAGUCGACCAAUCAUUACAACAUUCUGGGAACGACAUCUGCCCUCUGUGCCAGGAUUUUUGAUGGCGCUCAGUGUUUCCACGUGUCUGGCAGUUGCUGGAGUAAUAAUGUCCAGGAAAAUUUGUCUGCCCAGGGCUUGAAGAGGAAUGGCUGUUUGGGCAGCAGAUAGAAACUUGUUGUUACAAAGAGUAACUUUUCAAAUCCAUCAGUGGUGUCAGUUUGGAGCUGAAGUCAGAGUUUGAUAUCCAUUCAGGGCAGCUGAGGGCUGGGUUAUUUGAGUACACCAGACGGAUCACAGAUAUCAGAUCUCACAUUAAGGAGGGAUUUAUUACAUUUUAUGAAGCUCUUGUACAUUCAAGAACAUUGAAGUUCAAAGUGUUUACCAAAUCCCUUGAUUUGUUUUCUUCUCAAUGCUGUCCCAGUGACCUCAAAUAUGAAGACAAGAAAAUACAUCAAGUGGUAAGGUUCCAAAACUGAGGAGUUAGUUUGCUGAAAUUAAAUCGUUUAUAAUUCAGCUCCCUGCAGUGAACAUCCAUCACUGACAAAAAAGAACAAUAUUAACUCUUUUAAUUCUCUAGUGAGUGGUCUCAAUAAUGUGGCUUCUGGCUCAAUUCUUCGUUUUCCAAACUACUGUCUAUAUAAAAAGAUAUUAUCUAACAAGAUUAUGAAGUUCUCUAUUCCACAUUUAAUGCAUGAUUGUAAACCACUGACAUGCUGCUCUCCUAGUCAAUGACACAAUCUAAGCUGCUUGAUUAAACUUAUGGAAUACAGGGCAAUUUAGUAUAUUGGGCAAUUUAGGUCUCAGCUUCCUUGGUGUAGGGAAAGGGCCAUUAGACAGGAUUCACACCUCCAUGGUCCAUCUCUGCUGGACAGUACAUAAUCUGGGCAUCAGGUGAAAGCAAAGUCAGUUUCCACAUGUAGAAUGCAGACUUCUUCAGAUUUGUAACCCUGAAUAUUCAGGAAUGAAUCAAAGAAAACAGUAGCAACCUAAUCAGAAAAAAUAUCCUGAAAAUCAAGUAAAAAGUGCCCAACUGUAAAAUUAAGCAGUUAAAAUGCUAUUUGAGAUGGCUGCAUGUUCCUUGAUUGACUAGCAGUGAUGAACUGCUCAUCCAGAUCCCCAGGCAAAUAGCCUGGGCAUGUAGCUUCAAAUGUCUUCAUGGCAGCUGGUGGAAUUUCAAUUUAAUUAAUACAUCUGCACUAUAGAGCUCACAAUAAAUCUCAGUAAUCCAUAAAACUAUUAUGAAAGCUUGUAAAAACCCAUCUGGAUUACUAGAACCAUAGAAAAUUUACAAUACAGAAAAAGGGCAUUCAACCCACCUUGUCUGUGCUGUUUAAAUAAACACACCAGCCAUUUUAAUCCCACUUUUAAUAGCUGUACCUGCUCUGUACCUUGACAGAUUAUGUUACAUCACAUACAGAUCCAAGUUUCUUUUAAAUGAGUUGAAAGUUUCUGCCAAACUCUAGAGACCUAUGACACUCUUCCUCAAGCCCUCUUUAGUAUUUUUAAAAAUUAUCUUAAAUCAGUGCCCCUGGUAACCAACCUCUCUGCUAGAGGAAACAGGUCUUGCCUGUCCAGUCGAUUGAAGAUCUUCAUCUUUUUGCAUACUUUGAUUCCAUAACUCCUUAGCCUCCUCUAAUCUGACAAAAGUAAGUCUGGUUUAUCCACACUUCCCUCAUACCUAUAAUUUUCGAGCCCUGGCAACAUUCUUGUAAAUCUCCUCCGUACUCUCUCUGGCGCAAUUAAGGCCAUCCUGCCAUGUGCUGUGCAGAACUGUACUAAAAGCUCCAGCUCAGAGAUAGCAAGAACUGCAGGUGCUGGAUUCAGAGUCAAUACAGUGUGGAGCUGGAGGAACACGG